ACGUCGCAUUCGACAAACGUCGUCGGUAAAGAGAGAGGGGGGAUUUCGAGGACCAGAUUUGAAAUAUGCGAUUAUGACCGGGUUUGCGUUUAUAACCCAGACGACAGCGAUCCGUUUCGGUCGCUUUGGGGUUUUUUAGCUGAUUGGAGUGUAUGAGGAGUGACGGAGAAAAGCGUUUUACCUUCACAGGGUAGCGAAGGGAGAGAAAGUAGAAAGGGGGUGGGAGGGAGGCUGUUGCUGGAUAUUUGGAGAAGGAAAACAACAUGGCCGCUGUGGAGCUGGAGUGGAUCCCUGAGACCCUGUACAACACCGCUAUAUCAGCCGUAGUGGAUAAUUACACUCGGUCGCGACGGGACAUACGCUCACUUCCUGAAAAUAUCCAGUUUGACGUCUACUACAAGCUUUACCAGCAAGGCCGGCUUUGCCAGCUGGGAGGGGAGUUCUGUGAGCUUGAGGUCUUUGCCAAAGUCCUCCGAGCCUCUGACAAAAGGCACCUCCUACACCACUGUUUCCAGGCACUAAUGGACCACGGCGUGAAAGUGGCUUCAAUCCUGGCCAACUCCUUCAGCCGUAGAUGCUCAUACAUUGCCGAGUCAGACGCUCACGUUAAAGAGAAAGCCAUUCAAUUUGGCUUCGUUUUAGGUGGCUUUCUGUCAGACGCUGGUUGGUACGGGGACGCAGAGAAAGUCUUCCUGUCGUGUCUCCAGUUGUGUAUGUUGCAUGAUGAGAUUCUGCACUGGUAUCGUGCACUGGAGUGCUGUGUGAGGUUGCUUCACGUGCGCAAUGGCAACUGCAAAUAUCACCUGGGAGAGGAGACGUUCAAACUGGCCCAGUCAUACAUGGACAAGUUAGCCAAACAUGGUCACCAUGCCAACAAGGCUGCCCUUUACGGAGAACUGUGCGCUCUGCUGUUUGCCAAAAGCCACUAUGAUGAGGCAUACCGCUGGUGUAUAGAGGCCAUGAAGGAGAUCACUGUUGGCCUGCCAGUGAAGGUGGUGGUUGAUGUCCUGAGACAAGCCUCUAAGGCAUGUGUUGUUAAAAGGGAGUUCAGGAAAGCUGAGCAGCUGAUAAAGCAUGCAGUAUUUCUAGCACGGGAGCAUUUUGGACACAAGCACCCAAAGUACUCUGAUACGCUGCUGGAUUAUGGAUUUUAUCUGCUAAAUGUGGAUAACAUUUGCCAGUCUGUCGCCAUAUAUCAGACUGCCCUGGAUAUCCGGCAAUCUGUGUUUGGAGGGAAAAAUAUCCAUGUGGCCACGGCACACGAGGACCUAGCAUACUCCUCUUAUGUGCACCAGUACAGCUCUGGAAAAUUUGACAAUGCACUAUUUCAUGCAGAACGGGCCAUAGACAUCAUAACUCACAUUCUCCCUGAGGAUCAUUUACUACUCGCCUCCUCCAAGAGGGUGAAAGCACUCAUUCUGGAGGAAAUUGCCAUAGACUGCCAUAAUAAAGAAACAGAAGAGCGGCUUCUGCAGGAGGCCCACGACCUGCACCUCUCCUCUCUCCAGCUAGCAAAAAAAGCCUUUGGAGAGUUUAACGUCCAGACAGCGAAACAUUACGGCAACCUGGGCCGUCUCUACCAGUCUAUGCGCAAGUUCAAGGAGGCCGAGGAGAUGCACAUAAAGGCCAUCCAGAUCAAAGAGCAGUUACUGGGACAGGAAGACUAUGAGGUGGCUCUGUCUGUGGGACACCUGGCUUCCCUUUACAACUACGACAUGAACCAGUACGAUGACGCCGAACGCCUCUACCUCCGCUCUAUCGCCAUUGGUAAGAAGCUGUUUGGAGAGGGCUACAGUGGACUGGAGUAUGAUUACAGAGGCUUGAUCAAGCUUUACAACUCUGUGGGGAAUUACGAGAAAUUGUUCGAGUACCACAACAUCCUCUCUAACUGGAACCGUUUGAGGGACAGGCAGUUUGCAGUGGCCGACGCCCUAGAGGACGUCAACACCAGCCCCCAGACCACAGACGAAGUGGUGCAGUCCUUCCUGCUGUCAAACAGCCACGCUGUGGGACGUUCCUGUAUGGGUUAAAAUUACAGGACCUUGUGGUCUUCUUUCCACACACCUACACUCACCUGCAUUCUCACACAUCCUCACCUGGAUUUAUUCACAUCUAAUCACACAGUGCAGCGAGAGAGACUGGAUCCUGAAGCUGCAAGGUCACCCAUGUAAGCAGGUCCCACAGCCCUGUUAUUCACAUGAGCCCUGGUGAAGAGACAGGGCAUAUCUAUUAAUGCAAGCAGAACUCUUCCGCUGGAAAAGCGGCCUUCUGAUGGCACCAUGUUCAUGUUCUUAUAAAGGAUUUUUAGACUUCAGAGGACCUGAUUAUUUAUCUGACUUGGUAAAAAGAGAUUUAAAAAAUAGGCAUAAAAAAAAACAAAACCAAGAAAGCAGCCUAUUAGUUUUACAGAUUGAAAUAAUAAUAAUAAAAAAAAAAGCCUAUUUGUUUGUUUUUUGUUUGUUCGUUUUGGGGAGGGGGGGUGUAUCUGAAGUAUUGCUCCACACAUGCAAACUGUCGACGUUCUCUACCUGCACUCCCAAUGCUACAAAGCUCCCAAAGGACAAACUGUGUGCUAAGCCAGGCUCUACAAGAGAGACCCAUCACUUUCCUGGGAUAAGUGAAGGACAGACACGCAUCACAUCACACAUGCUUGUGUUUUAAAUUCUUUAGGAAGUUUGCCACUUCUCUUCACCAUGCAAUGCAGAACCCUGCAUUAAAGAUUACCCGGUUGUUCUGUUUUGGAAAGAAUGAGGAAAUCUGUGUUACAUUUUAAGCGUUUCUGGUUUCUUUUUCCCUUCAUCAUAAUGAGAGGAAUGGACAUUAUGGACCAGUGGAUUUAUUAUUGCUUUCCAUGCAGAGUUUUUCCUUUUGUUUUUGUUUUUUCCUGAUUUUUGUAUCCUUGCAUAUUAGUACUGAUAUAGUUUCAUUUAAAAAUGCCAAUAAUUUAUAUACAAAGUGUGCUAUAAUCUUGUAGGUGUAUCAUUGCAAGUGGAUGAGCCAAAACGACUGAUUAAAACUGAUAGUGAGAACAUGGUUGCCAAUAUGAGUAAGUAGAGGGUGAGAGGACAGUAAUCACUGCAGAGUCAAACAGCGAAGCAACACAUAAACACAGAAAGACAAUGGUGAUGCACACGAGUGUGUCGUCUGGCCUGUUCUAAUUGGUCAUGGUAAUCCUUUCAGAGCCCUAUUCAGAUUUGCACUGAUGAAGACCUUUAGCCCUCUGCCAGCAAAUAGAGCUGAUCACUGCAACCGGCUUUGUGAAGAGGCUCCACUACAAGGGGACCAAUUGUAUUAGGUGUGUUUAUAGUGUAGGGCUGGAGUGAACUGAUGAGCACUUUCAUGGAGGCAGAUUUAAUUAGUCACCAUGUACCAUGCACAUGAUGGCUGCAAUCUCAUCGUCCCGAUUAAUUAAGAUUCCUGAUACUUAUUAAUCACCUCUCUCCACUUGUUUUAAAAUUCACAACUACAAAGAUGCUCGGUGAAGCUUUAAACAAGGUUUACAUAGAAGCAUUUGUUACUUUUGACAGAGGCAGUAUUCUCGAACACAACUUUCCAAGUCACAUUCAAAACAUAUGAUUGUGGUAUAUUCUAUAGGACUAUUGUUUUAAAUGAUGUGUGGUUUGUUAGGUUUUUUUUCUUCCUAUCUUAAGUGACAAGAUCAGAUUGUGAAGUCUACUUUAAUGUGUGUCUGUGUGUGUGAAUGGUGAAAGAAAAAGAAUAGAUAGUAAAUGCAGAGUGUUGCCUUGGUCUGCAUCGAGUGGUUUGGAAUGUACCCAUGCAGUCACGUGCUACUGCAGUGAAGACCCCAGCGCUAAGAAAAGUCCCAGCCUUAGCCUUAAUGGACGCUCAGUUGGUGGUGCUCUGGCUUUGUCAGCCCAUACGCUUGCUUCAGACCCUGCUGUGAUAUUAGUCAACUGAAUUUCAACACUAGCUCUCUUCUAGGUCUCACAUUCCACGUGUGAGUUAACCUCACCUGUUGUUAUACUGUUGAAAAUCUGAUUUCAACCCAUUGCAGAUGAUAUAAAGGGAAUCAGAAAUAGUGGAAAAGUUUGCCUUGUUUACACAGAAAAUGUAUUGGAAUAUUACAACACAACCAAUAAAAACCACCUGUGAUCUUCAUAAUGA